UCACAGCUUGCUCCCACGCCCUUCCACCGUGCGCACCUGCAGCUGUUCGCCACACAGCCUGCAUGUGACCGGUGCCUUGGGGGUCUUGCUGCUGCACGCCAGCAUGUCGUGCAUCUUGAGGUUGAUGGGGUCGUUGGGGUCGGGGAUGGCCAUGAUAUCCCGCUGCGACACAAUCAAUUCACACCAAAAGCUCCACUGCACCGUGUCCGUUGCGUGUACAAUGCUGACCUUCUCACACCACUCAGUGAUGCCAUCAUUAAACUGGACAUUGCAGAACUUUUUCGGCACGAGGCGCCCGUAAGACACGUCAGAACAGACAGUCCAAACUGACAU